GCAUUUGAUGCACAGCAACGCACCGCUGCCAGAUUGUCGCAUGCUGAUCAGGCACGUUUGAUUCUUGACACGGGCAGGCAUGGAGUCUUGUGUACGUUCGGCAGCUUUGGUGCCUGGAAGGGUUUUCCAGUGGGAACAGUCGUCGAGUACGCCAUGGAUGAGUCAGGCAGACCAGUGUUUGCCUUCAGCUCUCUAUCCAGCCACACACCGGAUAUUAAAGCUGAUCCUCGCUGCUCACUGACCGUCACUGCCCCUGGUUAUCAGGGCAUGUCAGAUGCACGAGUGACUCUGACCGGGACAAUGUCAUUGCUUGAGGAUAGCGACAUUGCAGAUGCCAAACAGGUCUUCCUGAAGAAGAAUCCAGGCUCCUUCUGGGUUGAUUUUGGCGAUUUUUCAUGGUUUCGCAUGGAAACAAUUGUCACCGGACGUCUUGUGGGCGGGUUUGGCCGAAUCAAACAGAUUUCUGCUGAAGAGUAUUUAUCGACUGGUCAGGACCCAGUGGCUGGAUUUGCACAACCCAUAGCGUCUCACAUGAACGCCGACCAUGCUGACUCAAUCGUGGCCAUGGUCAAGCACUAUGUGGGUAUAGCCGUGCAAGAGGCCAAGAUUGAGGGGCUUGACAGGCUUGGCCUGGAUCUGCAGUGCCAAAGUGGAGGGAAAUCAUUCUCCUGCCGAUUGCCAUUCAUUAGACCAGCAGAAGGACGCAAGGACGUCAAGGACGUUAUUGUUGAGAUGACUAGAACAGCAUCAGCUGCAUCCUGA